AACAAAACUUCAAAUAAUACCAAUAUUAAUGGCAAUGGUACAAUUAACGUUUCAAAUAAUCACAACAAUCAUUUAACACCACCACCAGCCAACCCAAGAUACUCUGGUUUACAAAAGAAAUCAUUAAUUAACCAAAGACUCCACGGUCGUAAAUUUUUCGAUUCUGCUGAUUGGGCUUUAGGAAAUGCUAUGGAUGACUCAAAUGAACAACCACUUUUAAAUGCUGGUUUAAUCCCCUCAAAUAAAGUUCAUUAA